UCUGAGAAUAGGCCUGCCUUCUGCUAGGUUCGUAGUACACCGUAUGACUACUAGAUUUAUUUUUCGCCAGAGUUAUUAGUAAAACAAGCAUUACGAUUACGGGUGGCAGCUAUCUGAAAUCUAUAGCAAUGUAUCAUUUGUUUGACAUUUGAUUAAACACUCCUGGUGGUGGUUCUAAAGCACCGAUGAGACGAUAACCGAAAACUAGAUUUGUGAUUGUGGCGGAGCGCCCUGACACUUUGUGUCAAAAUGAAAAUAGGUUUUGUGUAUUAAACUUUCCAUAGAAAAUUGCAGUCCCUUACUUGGACUACUCACAAACGGCUGUGCUGACAGUGUGAUACAAACAGUCUGAUUGUGGCAGGUUCGGGCCCAUGGACCCGCCCACUAAACCCGGAGCCAAUCAGGUGGCUGAUGUGGUGUUUGUCAUUGAAGGAACAGCCAAUCUCGGCCCCUAUUUCGAAUCCCUGAGAAAAAACUACAUCUUACCUGCCAUUGAGUACUUCAACGGAGGGCCGCCUGCAGAGACAGAUUUUGGAGGAGACUAUGGGGGCUCCCAGUAUGGCCUGGUGGUGUUUAACACAGUGGACUGUGCUCCAGAGUCCUAUGUCCAGUGUCUCGCACCGACCAGCUCUGCAUUCGAGUUUGUGUCCUGGAUCGACAGCAUUCAGUUCAUGGGAGGGGGUGCGGAGAGCUGCAGCCUCAUAGCAGAGGGCCUGUCUGUGGCCCUGCAGCUGUUUGAUGACUUCAAGAAGAUGAGGGAGCAAAUAGGCCAGACCCACAAGGUGUGUGUCCUGCUGUGUAACUCCCCCCCUUACCUGCUGCCGGCUGUGGAGAGCGUCAGCUACACGGGCUGCACCGCCGACAGUCUGGUGAAGAUCAUCAGAGAUAGAGGGAUCCACUUCUCUGUGGUGGCUCCGCGGAAGCUUCCGGCGUUGCGGGCGCUGUUUGAGAGGGCGUCGCCCGUGUCCGGCCCGGCAGAGCCCCCCCACCUAGACUACAGCCAAGACCCGUUCCACAUGGUGCUGGUGCGGGGCAUCGCUCUUCCCCUGUCUGCAGGAGGAGGGCCAGGCCCCCUGAAGGCAGUCCUCCCCCCCCAGCCUCUGUCCGUCAGCCAGCCUCUUGGAGCUGCACCCCAGCCUCCUCCUCCAAUAAGCACGUCCCAUCCAUACCAGGCUGCAGCCUCCCUCAACGCUGCCCAGGCAGCGGCCCAGAUGGCUGUAGAGGCCGCCAACAACCAGAAGAGUCGUUUCCCAGGCAUGGGGAACCCGGGGCCUCCCUUCAGCGGCCAGCCCGGCCUGCCCUCCGUAGCUGGGGUGAAGCUGGCUCCCUCCAUCCAGCCCAGCCUGGCCACCGUCACCACCGUCUCCACUCCCAUGAUGCCCCAGCAACAGCCCCCUCCCAGCCAGCUGCAGCAGGGGCCGCCCCCGGGGCCGCCAGCACCCAAUCAGCAGCAAGUGCCUCCCCCCCAACAGCAGCCCUCGGUGAACCAGCAGCCCCCGCCCUCCUCACAGCCUGGCAUGCCUGGUGUAUCUGCAGCCAACGCGAUUGGACAGCCGCAGCAAGGAGUAGCCAAUAAGAUAGUAGCAUGGAGUGGUGUUCUGGAGUGGCAGGAGAAGCCCAAAGCUGCAUCUAUGGAUUCCAACACCAAACUCACCCGCUCGCUACCCUGCCAGGUCCAGGUGAACCAGGGAGAGAAUCUGAAUGCUGACCAGUGGCCACAGAAACUGAUCAUGCAGCUGAUUCCACAACAGUUACUGACGACCCUGGGUCCUCUCUUCAGGAACUCUAGAAUGGUUCAGUUUCUCUUCACCAACAAAGACGUGGAGUCGCUGAAGGGACUCUACCGCAUCAUGGCUAAUGGAUUUGCGGGCUGUGUGCACUUCCCCCACAGUGCCCCCUGUGAGGUGCGCGUGCUCAUGCUCCUCUACUCCUCCAAGAAGAGGAUCUUCAUGGGGCUCAUCCCCAACGACCAGAGCGGCUUUGUCAACGGCAUCCGCCAGGUCAUCACCAACCACAAGCAGGUCCAGCAGCACCGCUCGCUGGGCUCUGGAGGCCCCAUGGUGCCGGGACAGGUGCCCUCCAACCAGAACUUCCUCAACAGACCCACUGGACCCAUCCCUGUCUCCCACGGCAACGUCCAGCAGCAGUCUGUGGUGGGGGGUAUGUCUCCUCUUAGUCAGGUCUCUAUGAUGGAGGAUCAACACAAACAGAUCAACCUGAUGACGAUGAGAGCCGCAGGCGCAGCCAAUCAGCAGCCUCCAGUCACCGGCGCCCCGCCCAAUCAGGUCGCUCAGGGUGGCCAAGCCCCGCCCCAGGGGGCUAUGCUUCGCCUUCCAAAUCCAGGAGCCAAUCCACAGCUGCGCAGUCUACUGCUCAGCCAACAGCAGCCACAGGGGCCCCACAUGCAGGGGAUGAUGUCUCACCAGGGCCUGGGCCAGCAGCUCGUCCACCCCACCCCAGGAGGGGGCGCUCAGAUGCAGGCGCAGUGGCGCCAGCCUCUCGGAGGCCAGAUGCUGAUGGGAGCCGGUCCGAGGGGAUCUGCGCAGGGUCCAGGGAUGCCUCAAGUCUCCAGCGUCAUGGAGGACGAGAUACUCAUGGACCUUAUUUGACCUCCGACCCCCCAGAGACUUGGUUCCACAAGCUGCUGUUUCAGACUGUGCACAUGAAUCCACACCCCCUUUCAGAGGAAUAAUUAUUACACUUACCCCUGCUUCAUAUUCUUGUAUUGUUGAUAUAAAAAGUCAUUUUUUAUUGAGGUUUUACUUUCCUGAAGUUUUGUUUGAAGUACUUACGAUGUUUAAAUAAUAAAAAGUUAAAAUACU